CCUGCCAUGGUCCCCCCACUCUGUGCCCUCCUGCUUCUCAUCCUCACCUCAGGCUCUGGGGCCCAGCCCCUACUGCCAGCUGAGUCCCCCCAGUGCAGUGGGGAUGUGGGCAUCCAGGGGGGCAACGUGAGCCUGUCGGAUGGGUUGCGCCCAGGCAGCCUCCUCACCUACCUGUGCCCCUUUGGCACCUACCCCUACCCCCAGCCCAGCCGCCUCUGCCAACCCAGUGGGCAUUGGACCCCUCUGCGUACCUCCUCCAGCACCCACAACCCCACCCCCACCUGCCGCAAGAUGCGGUGCCCACCACAGCUGCAGUUCGAGCAUGGGACUGUGGGGCCACGCCGCACCUUCUAUCUCGUGGGCUCUGAGCUCACCUUCGAGUGCCGUGAUGGCUACACCCUGCGCGGGAGUGCCCUGCGUCGCUGCCUGCCCACAGGCCGCUGGGACGGGGAGAUGCCAGCCUGCGAUGAUGGAGUCCCUUUCUCCUACGACUUGCCUGAGGAUGUCAGGGCCUCAUUCAGGGCAUCCCUGCUUAGUGUCCUGGGUCUUGUGGCCUCCUCAACCUCCACCGACCAAAACCAGCCUGUCCUCAAGACCUACUCCCUGGAGCGGCGGCUGAUCCUCAGCCAGGACGGUGUCCUCCACCUCUACCUGCUCGUGGAUGCCUCCAAGAGCGUCAGUGAGGCCAACUUCCAGGUCUUCAAGGACUGUGUCAAGAUCAUGGUGGACCGGAUUGCCAGCUUUGAUGUGCCUGUGAAAUUUGCCAUCAUCUCGUAUGCAUCCAAGCCCAUCGUGAUCGUUCCCAUAAAUGGAGAAGAAGCUGGCGAUGCUGACGAAGUCCUUGAACGUGUGGAGAACCACAUGAGCAAGAAAGCUCAUGGCAACAGGACAGGGACCAACAUCCAUGAUGCACUUCAGGAAAUCUAUCACUGGAUCAUCUUCCAGAAGGAGGCGUUGUCCAAAACCAACAAACCGGAUGAGUGGAAGAAAGUAAGGCAUGCUGUCAUCCUGCUGACGGAUGGCAAAUUCAACAUGGGCGGGUCCCCAAAACAUGCUGUGACCAAAAUCGAAGAUGUCUUGGAGGUGAAGCCAGACAGGAAUGAUUACCUGGACAUCUAUGCCUUUGGAGUGGGGCAGAUGGAUGUGGAGUGGGAAGACCUCAACGCCAUUGCCUCCAAGAAGAUUGGGGAGCAACAUGCCUUCAAGCUCAAUGGCCCCGUGGAGCUCCGCACUACCCUGGACACCAUCUUGGAUGUGAAGAGCAUCGGGGAGGCGUGUGGACUCGGGAACCACUCAGAGGGUGCCACGGCCCAGCAGAUGAACCCCUGGCAUGUAGUCAUUAGGCCGGAGCGGGGGGAGUCAUGCCGGGGGUCACUGGUGGCCGACCGCUGGGUGCUGACAGCUGCACACUGCUUCAACAACGUGCAGGACACCGAGCUCUGGAGGGUCAACAUAGGCUCCACGGAUAUCCAAAUUGCGCAGCGCUUCGACCACCCGCAGUACAACGUCCGGGCCAAGGUGGACCAAGGCAUCCCUGAGUUCUAUGACUAUGACCUCUCCCUGCUGCAGCUGGAGAGACCCGUGCACUUUUCCGCCACCAUCAGGCCAAUCUGUCUGCCCUGCACCAAGGAGGCGAACCGAGCCCUGAGGAAACCAGCGAGGGCGACCUGCAAGGACCACGAGGUGGAACUGCUGAGGCAGGCACGAGUCCCGGCCCAGUUCAUCUCUCUGGACAAUGAGCGCCUGAGCGUGCACAUCAAGACCAAUGAGAUGUGGGCACACUGCGCAGAGGGAGCAGUGCAGCCGGGGACGCUAUAUGCAGGCAAGGCAAACGUGUCGGAUGUGGUCACGCAGCGCUUUCUCUGCUCCGGCCCUGAGAGCACCGGCGAGCCUGAGGCCUCCACCUGCAAGGGUGAGUCCGGCGGGUCCUUGUUCGUGGAGAAGAAGAUGAGGUAUUUCCAGGUGGGCGUGGUCAGCUGGGGCACCUACAACCCGUGUGCCCAGAGUCGCCCUGACAACCAGGGGCGGAUGCAGAGGAAGCCACCGCCCCGCAGGCACCAUCCCCGCGACUUCUACCUCAGCCUCUUCCAGACCCAGGAUUGGCUGCGGGAGCACCUCAGCCCCGCCCUCCACUUCCUGCCCCCGGUGCCUCGAGGCAGGGCGGCAGUUGCAGCGGAGGGCAGCUGUGACCCGGAGGCGGCCCCGAUCCUGGGGGGCCAGGCGGAGGUGGCAGAUAGGGGCCGGUGGCUGCGCUACAUAUGCCCAGAGGGGAAGUACCCGCACCCCGUAGCCCUGCGCACCUGCCGCAGCAACGGCAUGUGGAGCCCUCUACGGGACACCCAGAACCGGGUUGUGGCCAAGGCUGAGUGCCGAGAGGAACAGUCAUGGCGGGUGGGGUGUGGACAGAUGGAGAGCUGGGUGGGAGGCCAGGGGGGAAACGGGAUGUACCUCCAACCCUUGACCUCUGACCUGUGCCCUGACCCCCCAGAGGGCCACUGUCCGGCGCUUGGGGUUCCAGUGGGGGCCACCGUAUCGGGCGGGGGCUUGCGGGCCGAGGACGAGGUGCAGUACCGGUGCCGGUCUGGCCUGACCCUACUUGGCUCCGCACAUCGCACCUGCCUAGAGGACCGCACCUGGAGUGGGACACCCCCCCUCUGCCGCACCUUGACCCCAGGUGACAGCCAGAAGCGGCGCAUCCGCAUUGAGCCAGGUGGCACCAUGAACAUUUACCUGCUGCUCGAUGCCUCUGACAGCAUCGGCACCGACAACUUCACCCGCUCCCGCGAUGCUCUCAGCCAGCUUGUCGAGAAGGUCUCCAGCUACGGGGUGUUCCCACACUACAGCCUCAUCACUUUUGCCAGCGAGCCCCACGUGGUUAUCAGCACCCAGGACGCCCGCAGUGCCGAUGCUAACUGGGUGCGUGAGCAGCUCGAGGGCCUCAAAUACACGGACCAUGCGUACAAGGCAGGCACCAACACUCGGGCAGCACUGGAGGCCGUCUACCACAUGCUAGUGCAGCAGGAGGAGGAGCAGCUGCGCCAUGGCCCCGCCCCAGCCCCUGUUGUCAACUCCACCCGCCACGUCCUGAUCAUCAUGACCGAUGGUGAGUGGGGCCAGACCCCUGGGACCCACCGAUCACCCCCUGGACUCUCUAGAGCCUCCUUGGACCCAACAGGCACCCCAUCUCCCUUGGCACCCCCUGGACCCCCCCAACCCCACAUUGGCCGUGACAUCCACAAUCCCCGGGAGGAUUUCCUGGACAUAUAUGUGUUCGGUGUGGGGGUCAUGGUGCACCUGGAGAACAUCAACGAGUUGGCAUCAAAGAAGCCUGAUGAGCGCCACGUCUUCUACCUGCGCGACCUCACCGACCUCCAGCAGGCCUUCCACGACAUGAUUGAUGAGAGCGAGACGCUGAGCAUGUGCGGGCUGGGCUGGGAAUUCGAGAAGGCCAGGGACCAGCAGAAGAACCCCUGGCACGUGGGGAUCACCAUCACUCGCCCAGGCAAGGGCCGGGAGACGUGCAAGGGGGCGCUGGUGUCACCGUACUUUGUGCUCACGGCCGCGCACUGCUUCACCAUAGAUGAUAAGGCCAGUUGGAUCACCGUGGACCUGGGGGACCGCUCACAGCCAAUGACGGUGGAAAGGCUGCACUCGCACCCCAUGUACAAAAUUGGGGCAAAGGCGAGUGCUGGGAUCCCCGAGUUCUACGAUUACGACGUGGCCCUUGUGAAGCUGAACAAGGCGGCACGGGUGGGGAUCGACAACGGCGUGCGCCCCAUCUGCCUGCCCUGCACUGAGGGCACCACACGGGCCCUGCGCCAGCGGCACCCUGACACCACUUGCAAGGACCACGAGCAGAUGCUCCUGAACCCGGGUGAUGUUGGUGCCUUUUUUGUGAACCAGCACCCGCAUGAAGGGCGCCAGGUGCUGGAGCGCAAGAACGUGCUCGUCAAGUAUGGUGACAAGCGGCCAGCAUGCGAGGCAGAUGCCCUUAAGGCCACCAUCUACCGCAAUGUGACCCGGACCGAUGCCGUUGUGACCCCGCGCUUCUUAUGCAGUGGUGGCAUUGACCCCUACGUCGACCCCAACACCUGCAAGGGUGAGGCCCUCUGGGAGGAGGGGGGAAAUUUUAGGGGGGUCCUACUAAAAUGGAGGCCAAUCCCAGCUUCCCUUAAAACCAUCCAGAGGUUGAUAGAUGGGCGGGGGAGGGAGAAGGGGCCCAUUUUGGUGGGUCCUACCAAGACAGUGGCUGACACCAGCACCCCGCAGGUGGGCGUGAUCAGCUGGGGCGUGGUGGACGUGUGCCGAGGGCAGAAGAUGCAGGGCAAGAAUCGGUCCCCAGCCUAUGCCCGUGACUUCCACAUCAACCUCUUCACUGUGCUGCCCUGGCUGCGGGAAAUAUUGGCCGACGAGGACCUCGGCUUCCUCUGAACCCCUCAAAGUCUCCCCAGCUCCCCGCCUCCAGCCCCCCAAGGGGGAGAACAUGGAAUAAACUUGGCUUCCAAAUG